AUGGGGUUUGUUGAAGGUUAUAUCCCAGUAUCAUACGAUGGUACCAGUAUGUUUAAUCCUAUUAAAGUUGGUAAUAUGCAAUUGAGUCAUCAUGUUGUCAUGGCACCAUUGACUAGGAUGAGAGUCACCAGGCAAGGUAAUGUUCCUAAGGAUAUCAUGAUUGAAUAUUACGAUCAAAGAUCUAGAAGAGAAGGUUCAUUGAUUAUUGGCGAAGCUGCUAUUAUAUCUGCAGAAGCUGGUGGCUAUGAUAAUAUCCCUGGAGUUUGGUCUGGAGAACAACUUUCUCAAUGGUGCAAGAUAAUUGGUGUGGUACAUAGGAAUAAAAGUUUUAUUUGGCCACAACUAUGGGCCUUGGGCAGAAUAUCAUUUCCAGAGGUAUUGGCAAGGGAAGGAUAUAGGUUUGUAUCACCUUCAGAAGAGGUGUAUAUUGAUGCAGAACAAAAGAAUGAAGCGAUUAGAUGUGAUAAUCGAUUACAUGGACUUAGUAAACUGGAAAUGCAACAGUAUAAAACUGAUUACAUUAAUUGUGCUAAGAAACUUAUAAAUAUAGGUGCUGAUGGAAUUGAGUUACAUUUGGCCUAUGGAUGUUUAUUGAAUCAAUUUCUAGAUCCAAUUAGUAACAAACGUUUGGAUGAGUAUGGAGGUUCUAUUGAGAACAGAUGUAAAUUCAUAUUAGAGAUAAUAGACGGUCUAAUUAUAGAAAUAGGUUGCAGAAGAGUGGGAAUCAGAUUGUCCCCAUUUGACGAAAGUGGUGGGAUGUCAGGAGACAAUGAUCCCACUUUGUUAUCAACGUAUAUGUAUUUAAUUGGGAGGUUAGAAGAGCAGGGUAAAAUGGGAGAGAGAAUAGCAUAUAUACACCUGGUUGAGCCUUCAAGAAAUAAAAAGUUAAAAGGCAUUUCAAAUGAUUUCAUAUACUCUAUUUGGAAAGGAAUAGUAAUACGAUGCGGAAAUUUAAUUUAUAAUUCUAACGAAGCCAAAAUGUAUUUAGAAAAACAUAAAAAUACACUCAUUGCAUAUGGGAAGUAUUUUAUAUCCAAUCCAGACUUGGUGACCCGUCUAGAGAAGAAACUACUGUUAAAUAAAUUUGAUGAAUCGACUUUUUACACUUCAAAUUCGAAAGGAUACACUGAUUACCUAACAUACGAAGAAGAAAUGAAGAAAAAAAAAUAG